GAAUUGUACAUUAUUGCAAUAUAUUACUUAAUUGUUUUACUAGAUCGAAAAUACAUUUCUAUUGCAUUACACUAAUUCUAAAGUACUAAUUAAAACAACACUUUAUAAAGAAAUGCUUUACAAUACGCCUACAGCCUAAAAUCCAAACUUGAUAACCAAGGCCGAGUCAUCUAUAUAUUGCCUUUAUAUCUUCGUUUGACGACAUGAUUAGCACGUACUUUUUCAUAGCGCAUGACUUUGUUUUAGUUUUGACUUCUUGGUCUCUUUUCAGAUGUAAUUAUUCAUUCCUGUGAUAUAGCUUGCUUUUACUUUACCGGCUAGAUGUUUUUGUGCUUGAUACUGGCGAUUUGAAUUAUUUUAGCUCUCGAGUAGAGACUAAACAAUGACAUCAUUGCCUAAUACGUGCACCCACUGUGUUAUGAUUGCAACAUGGCCUGUAACGAGAGCAGACGAACUAUAUAUAAUGAUGUGUUUUUUAAGCAUGUAUUUAAUGGCCUGGGUAAAUUGGUCGAAUCAGACGGUGAUUGUGCAAGGCUUGGAAGGUUGAAGGAGGCACAUAGGAUCUGUCAUCCAUAUUUCAUUACAACAGAAGAUCAGCCAAGAUGGCAGCAAGCCUCGGGAGAAAGAAGUGCAUGACUCGCAGUGGGAAGACCCUGCGAUACAUCCAAAGGCAAGCUACCUGGGGCAAUAUGUCUGCCUUCAAAGGGCAGUAUGCCAUCCUCAAAGUGAAGAAUGGAUUAUUCAAUGCCAGCCAUUCAAUGGAUUUUGAGGAGAUUGUUCAAGAUGGUGGAUUGAUGUCAAAUUCAGAAAUUGGUCGUCUUAAUAGAGAGCUGGUCCUGUACUCUUUAAAUAAGAAAAAGAGAUGGUUGUUACCAGCCAUGAUUGCUGAGGGCAUUGCUGACAGGGAAUUCCACAAAGACUGUGAUUACCAAGUCGUCAUGGUGGAGCGGGAGAUACCCAGCUUCAAGAAUAACAUUGGAAGCGAGUUUAUCGAAUGUUUUCAAAAUACAUGGAAGCCAUCCUGUAAAGCUGUUCAUCGGUCAAACCCUGCAGGAAGCAGCUGUAGGAGGGCCAGGAAGAACUGCUCUUACCAGGAAGAUCUUCUAUCCAACCCAGAGGCUGUUCGUAAUCGCAGAGAGGAAAAGGCAGAGCGAAGAAGGGAGAGGGCGAGGACGGGAAAGAGGAUUGCCAUCCCCACGCUUGGUAACAGAGGUGCAGAACAUGUGCCUAGGUUACCGGAGCUACGAUAUGAGGUGCUUCGUCCAACUCCCCUGCAUCAUUGUAUCAUGCAGUCAAAGUAUAGACAUUUUGAUGAAGAGUGGGAUAAGAUUAUUAAGAGACAUUCAGCAGGUCGCCUGAAAAAUGAUUCCCACAUUAAGUGUCAACUGGAUACUGACCUCUAUGAAGGUAUCCACUUAGAUUUUGAUGUGGAUGAGGAGUGGCCCAUUUAUACUGUUCCUGGUGGUGAUGAUUGGGUAAAACAUCUUGAAGACAGUGCUCCGUUUGACCUUUGUUCGUUUAUCACUUCAAGUCAACGGACAAAACCUUGCAAGAGAAAUGGGCAGGAGACAUUUGAGAAGGAUGUAGCCAAGGACAAGGCAGAGUGCUUCACUGCAUUGGCAUCCCCAACAAGGAAGCGUUACGGCAAGGGCUGUGCAAUCCAUCGGCCUGACCUUGCGACCCUUGAACCUGAAACGGCGGAGUCCAAGUCGGACUUCAGUUAUGUCGACACUAUGGACAGCGGUUUUGAAUCCAGUGGGUCAUCUACAGUUGAGGAUGACCACAGGGUGUCUUGGCUGGACCUAGGCAGUGUGGCCAAAGAAGCUGUCCAUCCUGACAGACUGAGGAUGGACUUUGGGCAUGAUUAUGUAGAUGGACGCUCUGUACCUAGGAGGUUUUCUAUCAAGAUGAAAGCAGUUUCAGCCAGUCAGGUUCCUGUAUGUGCAUCAGCUGUGUGUGCUGUAGAAGAUGCUGGACACAAUCCAGAAAUGGUGAACAUACGGUUGAGGUGUUGCAGUGGUGACUCCCCAGUACAAGAUCUACAUCUAGUCAUCAGAGAAGGCAUCUCGACUCCUCCUCUAGACAUCCUGUCCCUCGUAGACAAGCUGAAAGAGAUUCUUUCUCAUCAUGCCAGUUGCCAGGAGAUAUUGGAAUCUAACGUUUGUAAAUCCAGGAGACCGGAAGUCACGCUGGAGACUGUGCAAAGCAUGAUGGGAUGGACUUUCACAUAUGACACUCCUGAACAUGUCAAAGCUCAGUUAGAUGAUGCGGAGGCUGGAUAUGAACAGCAUCUAAAUGGGACCCCUGAUUUCUCUGAAUCGGAGAUCAGCCUUGAGGGUGAGGACAGCUGUGGAAUCUGCUUGGAGAGUCUAGCGCCCUCUGGUGAUGAAGGUGAAGAGAAGGGGACUGCCCUGCAUGGAUGUAGCCAUUUGUUCUGCAAUGCAUGCUGGGUACAUCAUGUAACCAGCAGGGUGCUGAUGGGCGAGACCAUCAUCCAUUGUCCAGCAUUCCAAUGUGAAUCCAUGAUUGACAAGACCACUCUACUGUCCGUCUUGCCUGAUGCUCUCACCCACAUCCAUCUUACCCGUCUCCAUGACAACCGCAUCAACGGUCAUCCCCAAUGGAAAUGGUGUCCCAAUCCUAAAUGCGGCCGGCUGGUCCAGGUCAAGGAGAAGGAUCAGUCCAAGACCGGGUCCAAGACCGGUCUGGAAUCAGGACCAGAGGCUUCUGAGAGGUUACUGGGGGUUCCUGUCCCCUGUGAGUGUGGUGUGAUGUGGUGCUCCGAGUGCCAGAAGGCUGCUCACUGGCCGGCUACCUGUAAGGAAGCAGAGCAGCACAUCCAGCAUAUAAAAGACACUGGUGUUGAUAAUGAAAAAUCCGAGAGAAUCACAUCCGUAAAGGUCAAACGGUGCCCUUCCUGUCGUAACCCCAUGGAGAAGAAAGGCGGCUGCAAUUCGAUGUACUGUAUCUGUGGCUUCAACUUCUGUUGGGAAUGCUUAGCGGCAUGGCAGGACCAUGACCUCUCUCUUUGGAAUUUUAAGUGCCCUCAGAAGCAGGAGAAUCUCGAGACUGUGUUACUGUCAUCAAGGAGAAAUCAAUCCGUCUUCUUCACUGAGCUUGCCAUUGAGAAUCAUAAGAUGAGGAGUCAUAAGGUCAUCGUGAAGCACCACCAGCAAGCUGAGGAGCUCGCACGGAGAAUGUUCUUUGUACCCGAGACUGCUUCUCAACUGCCUGAUGAUGAUCUACUCCCACAAAGUACCUGGGAUCAUCAAGAUACAAUUCCUUGGAGCUAUUCCUUCAGCCAGACUGACCAAUCACGGCUGACUACAUUGGUUGCUACGGCAACCAAGAUGGCCGCCUUUGCAGCAGAGGUCCGCAUGCUUCUAGAGUAUGUGAGCAUCCUCAUCGGACUAAUGCCAAGGAAACAAAGGAUGAAGAAGGGCUGGAAGAUCAUGAUCCUCAGACUCAUGUUCAUUGCAAACAGGAUGGAAGAACUCCUGGAGAGUCAUCAUGGCAAGUCAGCCGGGUUUGUAUGGAGGAGUCUUAUGGCACUGCUUCACCAGGGUCAACUCUGUCUGAGGGACAUCACGAGGACAGUACCACUCCUGCACAAGGGACUUGAGAAUGUCAAGGGUCAAGGGUAAAAGGACACUGUUGGAGGAGACAAGCACUGUUUCACCAGGGUCACCUCUGCCUGAGGGACAUCACAAGGACAGUACCACUCCUGCACAAGGGACUUCAGAAUGUCAAGGGUCAAGGGUCAAAGGACACCAUUGGAGGAGACAAGCACUGCUUCACCAGGGUCACCUCUGCCUGAGGAACAUCACAAGGACAGUACCACUCCUGCAAAGGGACUUCAGAAUGUCAAGGGUCAAGGGUCAAAGGACACCAUUGGAGGAGACAAGCACUGCUUCACCAGGGUCAACUCUGUCUGAGGGACAUCACAAGGACAGUACCACUCCUGCAUGAGGGACUUCAGAAU